UGCGGCGGCGCGGCGGGAGCGGGCGGACUGCGAGCACACAUCCCGCACGUAGCCCGCGUAUUAAUCAGCGCGGGACCAUCUGCCGCCCGCUCCUUAAAGCGCUGGGGGUUGCGGGCGUCGUGAGAGUGCGGUUCGGUGUUGUGCGGUAACAGCGAUAUCAGCGCAGGGCUCCGAUAGCAGCGUCGUCCCUGAGGUGCGGGUCUGAGCAGAGGCGCACAGCUGUGCGCACCCCGUCCGGGCGUCUGCAAAGUUUGGUCCCGUUCCGGAGUCCUGUCCCGGCCUGGAGCCGGCGGGCAUCACUUAUCAAGGCGGGUGCCUGCAGGGCAGCGGCGCGCCCGUCCCCGCCGCACCAUGCCGCUGGGGCACAUCAUGCGGCUGGACCUGGAGAGGCUCGCCCUGGAGUACGUUGUGCCUUGUCUGCACGACAUCGGCUUCUGCUACCUGGACAACUUCCUGGGGGAGGUGGUGGGCGACUGCGUGCUGGAGCGGGUGAAGCGCAUGCACCGUGACGGUGAGCUGGCCGACGGGCAGCUGGCUGGCCCCAGCCGCGGUGUCGCUAAGAGGCAUCUCCGCGGCGACCAGAUCAAGUGGAUCGGGGGCACGGAGGAAGGCUGCGAGGCUAUCAACUUCCUUCUCACGCUGAUCGACCGCCUGGUGAUGUACUGCGGCAGCCGGCUCGGCAAGUACUACGUAAAGGAGCGCUCUAAGGCUAUGGUUGCUUGUUAUCCUGGAAAUGGAACUGGGUAUGUGCGUCAUGUGGACAACCCAAAUGGCGAUGGGCGCUGCAUCACCUGUAUUUAUUACCUGAAUAAGAACUGGGACUCCAAGCUCCAUGGUGGAAUUCUUCGAAUAUUCCCAGAAGGGAAGUCCUAUGUAGCAGAUGUUGAGCCGAUUUUUGACAGGUUGCUUUUUUUCUGGUCAGAUCGAAGGAACCCUCAUGAAGUCCAGCCUUCUUAUGCAACCAGAUAUGCCAUGACCGUGUGGUAUUUUGAUGCUGAAGAAAGAGCAGAAGCAAAAAAAAAGUUCAGGAACUUAACUGAUGCAAGGAAGAGAGAAGCAGCUCUUAAUGAAAACUAAUCAACUAUUUCUGAACUUUGUGAAGAAAUAGGAUCCCAAAGAUGACUUCUAUUUCCAAUGAACCAUGGCACAUUUUUGUUAUGCACAAGAACGCACUGGUUGUGUCUCUGUCUAGCAUGUGCAUCUUGUAUUGAUGGUACUUAAGGCAGCCUCCUGUCAUGCCUGCAUCUGGCAGAAGGAACUGUUGUUUUCUAUUUGCCUUUUGCUGGAAAAAGUAACCAGGGUUUUAAUUUAAAAAUAAAUAAGUAAAAGGGAAAAGAAAAAAAGAAGCCUAGUGGUAGUGGCUCGACCAACUGGCUUGUGAUCACUUUUGUAACCAAGGUAACAAUCAUUGGAACUAGUGGGAAAAACCUGAGUCUUAUUUGCACUUUACUGGGGAAAAAAUAUAAAUCUAGCUCAAUAUAAAGGAGCUUUGCAAGUUUAAAGUCUGCGGCAGACUGCUGAUGGGCAAGGAGAGAUAUUGGAAAUGUGAUAUUAAACUGGAUUUUUUUUUAGGGUCUCCUAUUGUAUGUCCCACAUGAGCUUGUUCAUGGACCGCUUAUCAGCUUUCCUAUAUGGAACACUGGCUCAGCUCUUCUGUAGCAGGAGUUUCCAAACAGACUUCUGUCUUCAUCACAUUUCUUGGAGUUCAAUUGUUUUGUGUUAGAGCUGUGCCAUUGCACUUCUCUUUCUGUCCCAGGCUAGAGAGGGUGGUGGUUAUGCAUCAGUCCACACGUUUGUAAAAGCAUUCCCUUUCUGUUCUGAGCUGGAUUGGUUUUGUUUUCUAUUUUAACUUUUUUUUAAAGCAGCUGUUUCCUCCCAGAAAUUCAGUAAACUUUGAAGGCUGAUGGCGCAGAAAGCACUGGCUCUAAAGGCCAACAGUUAUGUAGAGUUGAAUGUCUUUUUAAUGACUCUUCUCCAGCAGGCAUAUUUUGUAUGAUACAGAUGUGAAUCUGAAAUGAAAUACACGUCUGACAAAUGUAUGGUAAUGACUGUUGACAUGAAGUUGAUUUCUGUGCUGCUUAUCCCUAGUUAAGACACUUGUUUAGCUUUGUUUGCAUGUGUAUGAAAUUUGAAUGAAACAGUGAUUCUGUUUCAAUUCUGUUAUGCCAGGUAACUACUUCUGUUAUGUUUAAGCCAUGAGAUAUACAACAGAUUAUUCAAUUGGCAAAGCACUUUGUUUUUUCUCCAUUAUUUUCUAAAAAGUUAGAUGAGUAACUGCUGAGUUAUGUCCAAUCUGUUUAAGCUACAGCAUAUAACCAGCACUUACUGUGCAGUUUGGAAUAGCUCUUAAUGGAGCUGAGAGCUUUUUCUGUGCCACCUGUUCACAGUAGCCAAGGUGGUCUUCCUGUGCUGCCAGUACUCGGACCAGUCUGCCACACCAUGCCAGGCUGUUGUGCUGUCAGUGGGCCUGGGUCUGUUGCACCUCAGCUAAAGGAUGAACAGGACGCAUGCAGUGGCUGUUGUUAAGCUACAAUGACAAAAGGGUAACAGCUACAAAGGACAAAAAAGAUAUAAAUUCCCUUAUGCUAAACAAUAAUAAUAGAAAUGGAGUAUUUCUUAAACAGUUUUGUGUUAGAAAAAGCUGGGCAUCUUUCAGCCUGCUCUUGAAUUUUGAAUGUAAAUACAGUAGUGCUAUGGAACCCCUCAUCCUCUCUGUCUUCUCCCAGAGAUCUAGCUUUGGCUGUGUGGACUGGACUUUAUUCAGCCUGGUUGUGCACCUUAAGGGAGGAAUAUGAGGGAACAUGUCACAAACAGUCUCAUAACUCAAAACUACGAAAAGACAGAUAAUUUGAUUGAUGUCCUUUAAUCUUAGGAAAAACAUUAUUCUGCUUCACUUGCAUCUAAAUAACGCAACAUAGACUUGAAAGAAACUUAAUGAUGACUUGAAAUUCUCAUUCUUCAAUGUUUGUGUGUGGAGAAAGUUAGGUCUCUUCCCCAAGUGUGAGAGGUAACCCUUUGGAAGACGGUAGGUGUCAAAUUCUCUGAAAGGGUCAAACUGAGGAUUGAUAUAUAAAAGGUGGGAGGAAAAAAUUUCAUCUUGUUGUAUUACUAUGCAAAACUGGGAAUGGAGCAUGAGUUUUAAACUUCUGUGUACUUUUAAGUGAGGCAAUGACAGCUAAAGUAGAGCAGAUCAAGUCUUGUUUGCAUUUGGAAACUGUAACAUUAAAACAGUGCAGUAGGAAGAUAUUAGUACAAAUCUCACUGGAGCCUAGAACAGUGGAAAAAUGAUAGGGUGGAAGGGAAAGGACUUGCAUAAAGUUUGGGAAAGAAAGGUACUUUGGUUACUACGAGCUACCAUCUACCUUCACCAGUGGGUAGCAGCACGUGGUAAAUGGAGGUUGGAACAGUAUAGAUGCACUUAUUGUAAAUAAAGUACAUACUUUUCAUUUUUAGCUUAUAUUUUCCUGGUCUAGAUAGAGGAGAGAAAACAAUUAUCCUGUGGCAGAGAACAUUGCCUUCUUUUUUGUUAACACUGUAGUGAAAUACAAAAAAAACAAAAAACAAAACAACAACAACAACAACAAAAAAUAUUGAAACCAAUUCCUGUCUUCUGUUCCAGAACUUUCCCUUUCCAGGUCAGUGGAGUGGUAUCCUCAAAGAUGUUGUAAUUUAAUUGGGUGGUGGUGGGGUGAUUGAUGGUCUUGUAGGAAUCCAGUCUAAUGUUUUCUAUGUAGAUUUCCCAUAGUGGCAAACUGUUCUGUGGGAAUGUAAUUGUAUAAGAACUCUUGGGGCAGCAGAAGGCAUUUCAAGGAGAUUCCUUCCUUUCUUUGGGUUUUGUCUUCAUGGUAAAGUGGCUGAAACAUUAAUGGCCAAAGAGCACUUCUCAUCCAGUUGUGAAAAGGCAUUUAACUUCUAGUGCUCAAAAGCUUUUCAAUUUUAGGUAAUGUGCCUUCUUCAUUCAUAUUUGUGGAGAUGCUACAUGCCACAUGUACAUGUCCUGCAGUUUAUCGUGGCUCUUUAGGAAAUAUAUUUGCCUUUCCAAAUGCAAUUUCAUUCAAAUCAGGGUGUGCUAGGAAAUAUGCAGAGCCACCAGGCCACAGUUUCUGAUAGAUGAGGUUUGUUAUGCAGGAAGGAAAAAGGCCAGGAGACAGUUAAGUAGUCUAGAGGCUAUUUGUAAUGAACCUGUAGCAAAACUUGCAGACUAUUUGGGCACAGUAGCCUCUAAUAAGUCUCAUUUUCUCUUGAUUACUUCUGGUUCUAUGACAAAUGGCCUCAACAAAGAAAUGUUUAGAGGCCCACUUUGUUUUGGGUUUUUUUUUCCUUUUCUUUUUUUCUCUUUAAGCAGCUUUAGUCCUUUCCUUCUGAGUUUUUUAAAGUUGUUGAUAUAUAUAUAUAUAUAUAUAUAUAUAUAUAUAUACUGCUGUUGCAAAACAGCUGGCUCUAACACCACUUGCAUCUAGAAGAAAAUGUAUCUAUUUGCAGGCAAAUAACUAGUUCUACUUUGACUGUUAUGUACUCCCAGCAGAUAUCUGAGAGUGAGUUAUGACUACAUCUUCUCUUGUCAGGUUGUAUGCUGGUCAACAAUGCUGGCACUUUGCAUUGGAUUGAUACGGAAACCUGUAGUAGUAUUUUAUCAUGCAUCACAUUUUGUGUUCCUGUUAUUCUUUCUAAAGAAAAAGUAUGGCAGGAGUCAAUAAACACUGGGUCAUGU